GUGUAUCUGUCCAUAGUAUACACCAUCGGCCAGGUGAUCAUGGCUAUCAGUGCCAUCCAUGAUAUCACAGAUACCAACAGAGACGGUACACCAGACAACAUGACCUUCCAUACUGCCAUGUCCAUGCUGGGACUCAUGCUCAUUGCCUUGGGAACUGGAGGUAUUAAACCCUGUGUGGCAGCGUUUGGAGGAGAUCAGUUUGAAGAACAUCAGGAAAAACAAAGGAGUACUUUCUUUUCCAUAUUUUAUCUGUCCAUAAACGCUGGCAGUCUUCUCUCCACUCUCAUCACACCCAUCCUGAGAGCUCAAGAGUGUGGUAUCUACUCAAAGCAAAGUUGUUUCCCGCUGGCUUUUGGGGUCCCUGCAGCUCUCAUGGUGGUUGCCCUCGUAGUGUUCAUCGCAGGUCACAGCAUGUACAUUAUGGAAUCCCCCAAAGGCAACAUCCUGCUGCGAGUCAUGAAAUGCAUUGGAUUUGCAAUUAAGAACAGUUUCAAUCACCGCAGUAAGCAAUUCCCCAAGAGAGAGCACUGGAUGGACUGGGCGGAAGAGAAAUAUGAUAAACUCCUGAUCGCUCAGGUGAAGAUGGUGUUGAAGGUUCUGUUCCUCUAUAUCCCUCUGCCAAUGUUCUGGGCCUUAUUUGACCAGCAGGGCUCCCGUUGGACUCUUCAAGCCACCACUAUGGAUGGUAACUUUGGAGCGUUUAUAAUUCAGCCCGAUCAGAUGCAGAUUGUGAACCCCGUACUGAUUGUGAUAAUGGUGCCAAUCAUGGACUCUGCAGUGUAUCCACUUAUCAAGAAGUGCCAUAUUAACUUCACGCCCCUGCGGAGGAUGACUGUUGGUAUGCUGCUGGCUGCAUUAGCAUUUGUGGCUGCUGCUCUUUUGCAGAUUCAAAUUGACCAAACAAUGCCCGACUUCCCACCAAGCUCUGAAAUCCAGGUGAAGUUCCUGAACUUGGAGAACACAUCACUGCCUGUUGUAGUGGAGGGGCAAGAACAGUUUGCUGUUCCUGGUUUUGAUUCUUCUAAUGGUUAUAUGACACUUGACACCGAGAACAUUACAGUCUCUGCUGGAGGAAAAAACGCUACAGCUUAUUUCCAGAAGAAAACAAGGCACACGGUUUUGAUAAAUACUGAUGGAAUGCUAGAACAGCUCAAUGACAUAACCGAGAAACCGAAUCAAGGCUUGAAUGCGAUCAGGUUUGUGAAUGGCUUUAGGUCUCAUCUGAACUUCACAAUAAAGUCUGAUAAUCUGGGUCUCAUCGCUCCCUUACAAGUAUCAGGCUACCUCAACGUUCCCCACGGCAAAGCCAACUUUACUAUUGUGAAUGAAAAAGGACAGACGUGCCACUACAUCCUGCAGCUGGGCUUCGGAAGCUCCUACACAGUCCUGAUCCCAAGCACCUUUAGUUUUGGAGAAACUGUAAGUCAUGUUUUUACAGUCAGCGAUUAUAGUAUGAACACUAGUAGGAAUAGUUAGAACUAGAAACAUCUAAUAUGCUUGCCUCUUAUAUUUACUUGCACCCAUGCACCAAGCAAUAUGAAGUCAGUCCUCCAGGCUGGUUGGCUGUUGACUGUUGCAGUGGGGAACAUCAUUGUGCUCAUCGUGGCUGAGGCAGGCUCACUUCCAGAUCAGUGGGCAGAAUACGUGUUGUUCGCGUCUCUCCUGGUGGCCGUGAGUAUCAUCUUUGCGGUCAUGGCUUACUUCUACACCUACAUAGACCCGACGGAAAUUGAGGCUAAAUUUAGGGAGCUUGAGCCAGAAGAUAAGAAAAAGAAAGAGCUUGAAAUGACGACCAAAGACAAUUUGGCGUACCUAAACAACGAGACGUCAAAUAACACAGACGUCAAACAAAUGAAGAUCUAGAUUCAUCACUUCUUUUUCUCUUGAUCUGUGGUUUGAAAGUGUUGGUGUUCCCUUUACUACUACUGAUCGAAGAACUGAUUCACCAUUUUUAUCAAAGCUGGGCUUGGGAUUUGUUAUGCAGUAGGACAAAUACAACACAAUCCUAAAUCAGCCCAAGGAAAGCAAAUUCUACCUGAAAUUAAAUGGUGUGUUUGGGACGACAACCAUGGGCAGAAGGUUUGGUAGUUUCAUAGUUUGAUAUGGUUGAGAUCAGCGUUAAAG